UGUUUGUUGGUCUUCUCCUCACAACACCUUUGAAGUCUCAACACAGAACAGAACCAUCACCACACUGAUUGAAUGUGGCUAUAAUCACUUAUUCAUUCAAUUCAAUUCAAUUUCUGGUUCCAACUCUGAGUGACAAGAACAACAAGAAAAAUGUCCACCCUAAAGACAAUCUCAGCAGCACUGAAACUGGUUGACACCAAGAAACAGAAUCUCAAGAAAGCUUACGAUGAUCUCCAAUCUCACUCUUCUCUCCUCUCCUCCUUCCCUCUCUCAUGGUCUCACCUCGAUUCCCACUUCACCUCCCUCCACAACUCCCUCUCUCAACGCUUCCUCCAUCUCCAAUCCCUCGAAUCACAACCUAACCCUAGCAGCGAUGACCCAUCACCCUCUUCAUCGAAAUUCCCCGACCCCGACACCAAAGAUCGCAACUUUUCAUCAUUUAGUACCGACCCACCUUCACCAUCCACCCAAAACGGAACGGUUACAUUGCCCGUGAACCACUCUGAAGCGUUGAAUGCUCUGUGUAAAAGCAUGGAUGGGAAGGGGUUGAGGGAUUACAUUGGGGAGCAUUUCAAGGACAAAUUCGCUCUCAGAACUGAGCUUCAGAGUGCGUUGAAGUGUGCUGCGGAUCCUGCUGCAAUGGUUAUUGAUUCAGUGGAUGGUGUUGUUGGUGUGAAUGUGGUGAAGGAUGAUGAGAAGGAGCUGAGGAGAAUGAAGAGGAGUUGCGGCGUGUUGUUUCAGCAGCUGAGGGCUGUGUCUGCUCCGCAUGUGAGUGGUAAGGUCAGGAAGAGGAUCAAGAGUUUGUUUUCAGAGUGGAAGGGAAGCUUGCUGAAUGAUAAUACUGAUUCGGUUGGAGCCUUGGCUUUUUUGCAUUUUGUCGCGGCGUUCGGAAUGCUUUCUGAGCUGACUAUGAAUGAGCUUGCCACUUUCUCUUUUAUGGCUUCUGCCAAUGAUCAGAUUUCUGAGCUGACCCUGAUUGCUGGUUUGGCAGAUAAAGUUCCAGGUCUUGUUCAGAAACUUAUUGACAGGGGCAAACAUGUUCUGGCUGUCAAAUAUAUUUUUGGGUUCAAUCUUGUUGAUAAAUUCCCACCAGUUCCCAUUUUGAAAGCUCAUGUGAAUGAGUCAGAGAAACUUGGUAGAAGACUUGCCCACGAAGGAAAAUCAGUGAAGGAGAUCACAGCUAGAGAGAUCAAUGCUCUGAAAUCAGUGAUUAAGGUUAUUGAAAAUCAUAAUCUUGAAUCUGAAUUUCCCACCACUAGCAUUGAGCAGCGUAUAGAGGAACUGAAGAAGCUCAAGACAACACCAGCUUUUGCUGCAAAGCCUCCUCAACAUCAGCAGCAGCAAAGUGGGAUCAAGCGUCCUCGAAUAUCUGCACCAGUUGGUCCUGCAGCUGUCUUCAAUAAUGCCAACAGUGCCAGUUCAAACAUAAACCAAUACCAACAACCUCAUUUUCAGUCAACAGGUUUGUUGCCAGAACAUUCAAAUCCAUACAUGAACUUGCCACCCUUGCCGUAUGGCGUGAUGGCCCCAACCCCAACCGUCCCGUCUUAUACAGGUCCUUCAACUGGGCCUUAUGGUAUUGAUGGUGUCCCAACAGGUCAUAGUGGCAACCUUGGUGAAGGUGGUUCUCAUCCAAAUUCAUCUGAGACACUUGUACCGUCUGGUUAUUAUGAUAGCGUCCCUGCUUAUGAAGGUUAUGGUCUGCAGCACUAUUACAAAACAUCUUAUCCACAAUAGAUCAAGAGAUUGCUUUCUCUAUCUAAUAUUGAACUUCUGGUUUGGUAUUAUAGUCUCUCUAGGACUUUGCACUUCUUGCUUUUGGUUACUGAACGAUGACUCGCUUUGCCGGCUGCCAUGAGUAUAGGACAGGAACUAGAUUCUAUAAUUACAGGCCACAAUUUUAAUUAUUUGAAUCAUCUUGCAUGUACAAGAUUACUUUUAGGUUAAUCAUGGUCUUCUUCGAACCUCCUUGUUGUUACUCUUCUUCUCUGCCUAGCAUCCAGGCUUUUGGGAGGCAAAGAAACUUGAACAGGGUUUGGAAAGUAAAAUCCUCUUUGCGGAAA